GAAAUCGUGAAACUAGUAACUAUGGAUUUAGUAAUAACUAUCGCAUCGAUACUUGUUAUCGACUUCUUUCGCGGUUUGUGGAUAAAAUAUUGUAAUUCGUGGUGGUGCUGGGAUAUCGAAACUACUUUUCCGGAAUACGGAGAAUUCAAAGUGGCAGAAAAUGUCCUUCAUAUUAUUAAUAAUCAAGGCAUGGUUUGGCUGGGGUUAUUUUUCGCACCGUUAUUACCUGCACUAAAUAAUUUAAAAUUAAUCAUUUUGAUGUAUAUUCGAAGUUGGGCAUGCAUGACGUGCAAUGUCCCCGCACGUGAGAUAUUCCGUGCUUCUAGGUCAAGCAACUUUUACUUAAUGGUAUUACUUCUAUGGUUACUGCUUUGUACAUUACCUGUAGGUUAUGUAAUUGCGUCAAAAAAACCGUCUUCUACAUGUGGACCCUUUGCAGGUUAUUCAAACUUUUAUAACAUUUUGACAAAAAUGUUAGAGAAACGUGUGGAUAGAAAGGUCAUGACCUGGAUGAGAUAUAUUGCUUCGCCAGGCAUUGUUAUACCAGUCCUUUUACUUUUAAUGUAA